AUGGAUUUCGUGUCAAGAUUGCCAAGGACUCAGGCUGGAUUUGAUGAAGUUUGGAAAAGCUACGCCGAGCAGAGACAGAAACCUUUAGAAUUCGAUGAGGGAGAUCAUGUAUUCCUAAGGGUUACUCCAACAAUAGGAGUGGAUAGUGCGAUCAAAGCAAAGAAAUUGAAUUCUCGUUAUAUCGGUCUGUUUCAGAUUCUAAAGAGAAUUGGAUCAAUAGCAUAUUGGAUAGCUCAACCGCCACAUCUUUCGAACUUGCACGACGUAUUUCACGUGUCGCAACUUCGGAAGUACACUUCUGAUGCCAGCCACAUUUUAGAACCUAAAUCAGUUCAAUUGAAAGAGAAUUUGACGCUUCAGGCAACUUCGGUUCGAAUUGAUGAUACUAGUAUUAAACAGUUGCGCGGAAAGAAAGUGGCACUAGUAAAACUUGCUUGGAGUCGGGCUGGAAUUGAAUAA